AUGGACCGUUCAAACCUUAUUGAUCGUGCCAACGAGAUUGCUGAAGUUGCUCGCAACCUCUCAGACGAUUUGGCUGCCCGGGGGCUUCCCGAGCCUUCGUUUGAACAUGGUCUACCCGCUCCGCUGCAGACUGAUGCAUCCGAUUCUGACGCUCUAGCCGCACGUGUGAAGCUCCUAGGCCUACUAGAUGAGAUGCGCGAUCUCUUGACUGAUCCAGCCCUCCUGGGUAGUCCUGAGCUACGUAACCCGUCUAUGAGCAUAUUGGCAUUGGUCCGCCUGGGGAUCUUUGAGAAGUUUCCAAGUGAGGGCAGCACCGUCAAAGAUUUGGCGCAGCAACUUAACCUCAAUGAGAACCUUGUGCGCCGGUUGAUGUCUCAUGCCGCUACCUACCAUGUCUUCUUCCAGGAAAAGCUUGAUUUCUUCGUUCACACAGCUGGCUCCCGCAUCCUGACCGAGAACGAAGGCAUGCGUUCUUGGAUGCUGGUAGGACUUGGUGAGACCAUGCCUGGCGCCCUUAAAAUUGCCGAAGCUAUAUCGCAAAAUAGUAACUCGGAAGAGCCACAACACAGUGGAUGGAGUGUACAAAACGCGACUGACCUUCCGGUCUUCCAAGCGCUCGCCAACAUGCCAGAACGUGCUAAGGUCUUUGCUACAGCCAUGAGUUGGCUCACCCAGCUACCUGGCUACUCCCCGCAGUACUUGAUCGAUAACUUCCCCUUCGGAUCUGGUGAUAUCACGGUCGUCGAUGUAGGCGGUGGCAUCGGCCAUAUUGCCCGUGCUCUCGUGGAACACUCCCCCUCAGUCCAGUGCAUUGUACAAGAUCGUUCCGAGGUUAUUCUGCAGGCUGAAAAAACCCUGCCGGCCCAGCUCCAGGACCGUAUACGCUUCCAAACGCACGACUUCUUCCAAGAGCAACCGGUACAGGGUGCUGACGUCUAUUUACUGCGUCAUGUGUUGCAUGACUGGUCGAACAAAUACUCACGCAAGAUCCUGCAGGCCUUGAUACCAGCUUUGAAACCCGGGGCUAAGGUGGUACUGAACGAUCGCAUUAUCCCUGGAUAUGGCGAGGCACAUUACCUGAAGGAACGUGAAGGACGGGACUACGAUAUGUACAUGCUCGGUCUACAGAAUGCUCAGGAGCGCACAUCAAGUGAUUGGAAAGCCUUAUUCAGAGAUACGGACUCGCGAUUUACCGUUACCAGCGUAUCCAAACCAUCCAAGUCAUACCUCUCAAUUAUAGAGGUGACUUGGGAGGGCUAA